CGGCGACCUACUCCUUUCAAUGACGAUGCACGAAGCAGACUUUGUUUAGCUCUACGCUUGCUCAGCAAUCCACAACCAAACAGCGCUUCUACUUUGACAACCAGGAUUCCUUAGAACUGAAGUCGAGUUGUACAAUGGCUUCCUUGCAGGCAGUGUCUGUUCGGUCCUCCAUCUCUACUUGUUCACUUAUAGGGCGGGACCACACUUUGCGGCAGGGGCAAUGCUCCACAGUGUCUUACCCUCUUUUGAGGAGCUCGUUCUGCUCCACAAACACGAGUCGCACUGUGAAUAAGGGCUCUUAUUCUUCAUUUGCUGGGACCCGAUUCUCGGGAGAGCCCUUGGGAUUGGUGAAAGCCCUUAGCCCAAGGAGAAGGCAAUGCAAUGUACGAGCAAGUGAAGGCAGGCAAGCUGCCCGGGAUGUAGAGAAGAAGUCAAAGAACAUAUUUGAAAAUAUUGUUGACUUCUUCAAGUACAUUAUCAACAGCAUUCUUGGAUUUUUCUCGAGCAUCUUGGGAGGCAUCUCCCGUCUGUUCAGAGGCAAGGAGGGCAGUGCCAAGGCCAAUCUGAGAAAUGCUGGUGACAAGGUGGAGGGCGCUGGCAGAGAUGUAGGCAAUGCUGCUGAAGAUGCCGUUGACGCUCUGGGAGACAAGGGCAAGGACUUCAAGAGAGGUAUCUCGGACGGUCUUGAUGAUGCUUCUUCAAGGUUGAAGCGCGCUUAAGAGGUGGUUGUUGAGCAGCGGUCAGCCUAUCUCUUGUUUGUUGUCCAAUCGAAGUCAAGGGUUUACGAUGUCAUUUAAACGGUAGAAAAUUGACUCUUUCAGACAAAGCACUGCCUUUGAAAAUGUUAGGAAACCCUGUACGUAGCUUAGAAGCAACUGAAAGCACCUCGGUGCCUCGUAGAUUUGUCUAGAAGGGUAUUGUCUGUAGGCUUAGCAUGCUGCGAUUUGCUUGUGGACGCUAUUGUGUCUUAUACAUAGACAUGUUUGGAGACAUAAGAUCUCUUCCCUUUCGACAACCAAAGGCUUGGAAGUGCAUGCAAUGCAUCUAAGUGAAUCUCAAAUCAAACGCGCAGUGGAAAGAAUAUAUCCAGCCUGUUGCUGUAUUUGCCCUUGAUUAAACCUACCAGCAAUUUGUGUACAAAAUGCAAGCCAGG